UAUGACUCCUGCUACGGGCGUUCGCCAUGGUCUCGUGCCGAUACGGGCAGUGCCUCCGCCGGACGCUGCUGCUGGCGAGUGUCGGCUUUUGCAUACACUACCUGGUUCUUCUGUCAGAGCAACCUGCAGAGUUCAAGCCUUCCCGCACUUUGGAGCUCCAAGUGAGCAGCCAAGUGGAAUCAGACCUUCCUGCAGUCACUGCAGAGACUGUGGCUACAGGGGCCCCAGAAACCACUCAAGCCACGGAAACGCGUGCGCCGCGUGCGCCGCGUGCGCUUCCUGUCCGUGCUCCGGUGUCCUUGCGGAACAAGAACUUGAUUCUGGCGGGGGAUUCCAAUGACCAGCGAUUCUUUCAGGCGCUCUGCAGGAAUUUGACUGGUAUCUUUGAUCCCUUCAAAUACAUCAAGCAGGUCCAGAUCCCCCGCAACGGCAGCAACAGCGGCAACAUCAGCCGGGUGCGCUGGCCCGAGGCCUCGAAAGUUGGGCUCUGUCAUGACAUUCAAAGGAAUGCCAGCGUGCUAUUCUUGUUUCACUUUGGUCUCUUCAGCCUGCAUCCGCAACCUGCCUGGUACCGCACCUAUGCGCAGAGGAGGGCAGCAACCCACCUGCCAGCCAUUGAGCCCCGGGGGCCCCGCCCAAAAUGGGCGCCAGGUGCACUGCCCAGCACCGACCUCGCGCGCUGGGUGUGGCCGGAAGUGGCUUCGCAGCACUUGCCAGCGAGGCCCAUCAUCCUCUUGGCGCAUUCGUCCCUUUGGGAUGGCAUGCCUGUCCUGGAAAAGAUCGUUGGCAAAAGGGUGUCCAUGAUGAACGAUUCGGAGGCUGAGAAACAACUCACUGCUCACAUCUCUGAAGCUUUGCUGCCCUAGUUUGAAUUUCAUGUUUGUUUUCCUUGAACAAGAUUUUUUUCGGACACUUUGGGGGUAAACCGGGCAAACCAACCUCACCCUUGUGAAGCCACACAGGAAACCAACCUCACCGAAUGGGGCUGGCUGGAACGCGCAUCUGCGUUUAUCGCAUCCUUCAGAGAAGGCUUGGGCGCUAAAGGUCUGGACGUAACAUCCCUGGUGUGGCGAACAAAUCCCAACUGUCCAGUCCUGUUGAAGCAGGGUGCAGUCAUCGUGAGCAACUUCAGUAAACUUUCAGCAGAGGCAGUGCGGAAAGAGGUGGCGCAAGCUGAACGGUCUCCAUGGUCUGAAUGCUGCCUUGUGGAUUGGCGCAAGCACCUGGAAAUUCACAAUGAAAGCCAAUGCGAUCAUCAUCACUACAGCAAGGCCGGCUAUGCAGUGUUGAUUUCCGUGCUGAAUGAAUGCGUCUCCUUGACGACCUGAUCAUGACCGAAAAGGCAGUGCUCUACAUCAGCGACCGAGGCAGAUUCCCAUGGCCAUGGGGAUCCGCUGUGAGUGCCGUGCCAAUUUUAUGACAUGAAAACACGGUUUGCUUUUCAGGAGUUUUCCUCGAAAACUUGCAGAAGUAAAUUUCAGACACAUGGAUGCCGCGAAAGAAACAUACCCAGACCGCGACAGUGUCGCGAAAGGGAUGAUGAAAGAUAACAGCGAAUAGAACAAAA